AUUAAUGUGAAAAAUGAGAUAGAAUGCAUUGUUUCUUGCGUUAAUGAACCAUGUUGUCGAUCUAUAAACCACAGGAGAAAAUUAAGUCAAGGACGUUGGAGUCUUUGUGAAAUGCUACAUAGUGUCCUCAACAAAAGCAAUGAAAACGAUUUAAAACAUAAUCGAUUUUAUGAUUACAUUUUUUUCAAUUCCCCUGUCAAGGAGUACAAUAAAACAUGCGAAGUCCAAUCGUCACUCAACAAAAGUUACGAUUUGCUCUUCAAAAAUGCACAUGUUGAAAACGUGAUUCUAUUGGAUAAUGCAAUGCCCAAUAUGUCUGCGAUAACGUUGAUGUUUUGGAUAAAAAUUAACUCAAGUCAACGAAUGGCGGUGUUUUCUUACGCUAUAGAAGAUAGUCCCGAUGAAUUUUUUGUUGGCGUUGAAAGAAAUUUCCUUGUUGUCAUAAUGCAGUCCCAGCAUAUUUUAAAACUCAACAAUUCGGCAAUCAACGACGGCAUCUGGCAUCACCUGGCCAUCAUAAUUGGUCGCACUCGUAAAAAAAUAUUUCUUAAUGGAAGUACUAUUUAUAGCGAACCUAUGGUCAAUCAUUCAUUACCUUUAUUACGUGGUGGUGGUGUUGUUGCUAUUGGUCAAAAACUUGAAUGUGAGAAUGGUGUUUUUAAUCCAAAUAUGUCAUUUGUUGGUGAAAUAAGUUAUUUAAACUUGUGGAAUCAUGACGUUGUUUGCGAGAAAUCCAGUCCUAUGGUGCUGAUUAAUGAUGAAUGCACCACUGGUCUAAAUAAAAGUACUCUUGUAAUCAAUUGGAAUCAUGUGUACCAAUUUACAAGCGAAAAUAUUGUUAAAGUGCCCUCAUUACAUUUUUCAUCAUGCAAAGAAGCAAUGAAAUAUGGCAGUUCAAAAGAUGGUGUGUACUUGAUAAAGUCGGAUACUUUACUUGGCUACAGCAAAGUUUUCUGUAUGAAAAACAUAUCGGGUUGUUCUGGAGAAGGCUGGACGCUGGUGAUGAAAAUUGAUGGGAAAAAGGAAACAUUUGACUUUGAGUCAUCGUUUUGGAGAAAUAAAAAGAGUUACAAGAUUGAAAAUGGUAAAUCAGGAGUGGAUGAUUUGGAAACAAAACUUCCUACAUACUGGAGCACAAAAAUAAACCAGAUAUGUGUUGGAAUGAAAUUCAAAGGGGAAACAAAUUUUAUCAGCUUCAAUUUUCAGGCUAAAUCGUUGUACGAUAUAGUUGCUGAUGGAAAAUACCACCCAACCAAUGUGAGCCGAGACAAAUGGAUGUCAUUGAUCAAAGAGAGUGUUCUUCAACGAAACUGCAAUAAAGAAGGUUUCAACGCAAAGGAUGAAGAGAAGUUGUUUCGUCGUUUAAGGAUUGGAAUUAUAGGAAAUAAUGGAAACAAUUGUAGGAGAAGCGACUCUUUCAUUGGUUUUGGCUGUACGUACAAGAAAUGGAAGCAAAACGCUCAAAUAAAUAGCUGUGGAAACGGUAGAUCCUUUCAAGGAUUGAAAAACAAACAAUCAAUGGGAUACAUUUUUGUUUCCUAAAUAUAGUAAUACUUAUGUAGACCACAUUUUUUUGUUUGUGCAAUCAGCUUUAGCAGUACAAAUAGUAAACUUACUUUCUUUAUUGUUAUUAGCUAUACCGACAAUUCAUCAACUUUUCUUUAGAGUAAUUUAUAUAAGACUUUUACAAACUAAAUUAGCAAGUCCAUUUUGAAAGGCUAGCAUUUGAUUUGUCUAUUGUAAGUGCGAAAUAAUUGUAUUCUUUAAGAUUUCCAAUUUUGAAACAGCACCAAAAACGUAUGUUAAUAAAUGGCACAUGUAAAAAUAACACAAAAUAUGCUUGUUGCUUAAAUCGAUAGUAUACAUGCAUGUUUUUGUAAUGUAAGAACUCGCAGCAGACAUAUCAGAGAAAAACUGUUUUAAAAACAUUUUUUUUCCAAUUUGAUACAAUUUUGUUUAUCAUUUUCAUUACAAACAAAGCAGACAAGAAUAUUUUCUCUAAAAUCAACAAUUAACACGCUUCAAUUUCUUACGCAUGUAAAUAUCUGAUCAAUUGCAGAAAAUUAAAAUGAAAAAUUCAGCAGCUUAGAGCUUAUAA